AUAUUGGUUGAUAAAAGGGCAUAUUCAUAUAUUUAGAAUCCAGCCCAAGAACUCAAACCAAUCAGUCUAGACUUUACAGGAACUUAGUAGAAUCCGAAUCUGAAGAAUCAGCCCCCCCCGGAGUUCUUACAGAAAUGGCCACGCCUUUUCUUGCUGGUCUUGCGGUAGCUGCAGCUGCUCUUGCUGGUAGAUAUGGAAUUCAAGCCUGGAAUACACUCAAAACUCGUCCACCAAAACCUAGAAUGCGUAAGUUUUAUGAAGGUGGUUUCCAGCCAACCAUGACAAAAAGAGAAGCAGCUCUCAUUCUUGGUGUUAGAGAGAAUGCAACUGCGGACAAGAUUAAAGAGGCGCACAGAAAAGUGAUGGUGGCGAAUCAUCCUGAUGCAGGUGGUAGCCAUUUUCUUGCUUCCAAAAUUAAUGAAGCUAAAGAUGUAAUGUUAGGAAAGUCAAGAAGUGGUGGAUCUGCAUUUUGAUCAACAAUGGGAAAAGGAGAGUACUAUUUUGCUCUCUUUUUUGGUUACAAUUAUAAACUGCAAAUAUUAACCACCAAGAAGAAGAGAGGAAAUGGUGAUAUACAUAUGGAGUGAAGUGAACACAAGUAUUCUUCGAUUGGGUAUUUUUAUCAGAUACCCGUGUGAGUGAGUAUCGUGUUCAUGUGAGUUUAGGGGCAUUUGAUCAAAACUCGUCUAGAAAUAAAGAACUGUUAUGUUAUGUUCAAAUUUGAUUCAUGUAGGGUCAUUUGUAAUAUAUUGAAUUCUUUAAAUUUUUUAAAUCAAA